AUGAGGAACUCUAGUAGUACUCUGGAGUUCCUACCUACAAGGUUCAUUCUGGUUGGCAUCCCAGGACUGGAGGCAGAGCACAUCUGGAUAUCCAUCCCCUUCUGCUUGAUGUACAUGAUCAUCUUCCUUGGGAACGGCACCAUUCUUCAUGUCAUCAGGACAGACACUGCUCUACACCAGCCCAUGUACCUUUUCCUUGCCAUGCUGGCACUGGCGGAAGUCGGUGUCUCUGCAUCCACUCUGCCUACAGUGAUAGGAGUUUUCCUUUUUGGUAUCACCGAGAUUAGUUUCAACGCAUGCCUUCUCCAGAUGUUCUCCAUCCAUUCUUUCUCCAUUAUGGAGUCUGCUGUGUUGCUCGCCAUGUCUGUUGACCGAUUUGUGGCCAUCUACAACCCACUGCGCUAUACAGCUAUCCUAACCAUGCCCCGCAUUUUUGGCAUGGCAUCCACAGUGACUGCUCGGAGCUUCAUCACGCUUUUUCCUCUUCCCUUCCUCAUCCAGAGGCUGCCUAUCUGCAGGUCCAAUGUCCUUUCCCACUCCGACUGCCUCCACCCAGACAUGAUGAAGCUGGCUUGUGCUGAUAUCACAAUCAAUAUCGUUUAUGGACUCUUUGUUCUUAUUUCCACGUUUGGCAUGGACUUGUUAUUUAUCUUCCUCUCCUAUGUGCUCAUUCUGCGCUCAGUCAUGGCCAUUGCCUCCCAUGGAGAACGCCUCAAAGCUCUCAACACAUGUGUCUCACAUAUCUUGGCUGUACUUGCAUUUUAUGUACCAAUGAUUGGGGUCUCCAUGGUGCACCGCUUUGGGAAAAAUCAUGUCCCAUGCUUCAUACAUGUCCUUUUGUCCAACAUCUACCUCUUUGUACCUCCUGUGCUCAACCCUCUCAUUUAUAGCGCCAAGACAAAGGAGAUCCGCCAAGCCAUCAUUUGCAUGUUUCACCGCAUCAAAGUGUGA